ACCUUCAUGACAUUCAGAUAAUUUUCCCAACGAUAGUCACUCGUAUUUUUUAUGAAAUUCGAUUGAUAAUUAGUAAACUAACUCCACAAGCAAGGGUUCCACAUGCUUCUUAAAAUGAAAUCCGUACUUACCAUUUUCUUUUUCCUAAAACUUAACACCUGUUUCCCGCACUUGAAACACCCACCAACGAAAGUGACACACACCAAGAGCCUAUAGAUAUUCAGGAUACAUAUAUAGGAGACUAACAUUACCAUAUACACUGCAGAUAAAUUAUUCAUGCGUCACCCACACUGGCUGUCACCAGAAAUCUAACCAACAAGUUUACUUCAAUUUGAUGUGAGGCUAAUCCGAAACAUGGUACUCCGCGAAAUGUGUAGCAAAUUAUAUUGAAUUAUACGAAUGCAUUAAUAUGUACACUAGGAUAUAUUUUUGACGGCUAUAAAAUAUGGAUAAUAAUUGGUUAUCUGAUGGAAUUGGAGAGUCAUGGAAAUGGAAUUGGACAGAAUUAUGUGGAUAUCAUGGAGGCAUUAAACCAUUGAAUCCAGAGACGCAUGAUCUUGAUGUGUGCUUUCAACAACUAUGCCUCCAGAUUCCUGUUUUAGUCUGUAUUGCAAUAAUAUCUGCAUAUCAUUGUGGAAAAAGAAAUUCAUAUUCCCUUCGUCUUCAUGGCUCUAAUUCUGUCAUAAACCUGAGAAUUUUAAUUAUAGCGUGCCUUGCAAUCCUUCCUAUAAUUAGAGCAUACAUUAUUCUUACUAAUACUACUCUUAAUCAAUUACGCAAUGUAUCAACUGAUAAUAAUUUAAUAUCACAUGGAUCAGUCGUGACAUCAUAUAAAGAUUCAAAUUCAUUUUUGGAUGUAUCAAAUUUAAUAGAUCAUAUAAAAGAAGGACUAAAUUAUACCAUCGACUAUACAAAAUCAAUUUUUUUUCCUAAGAAUAAUACUCAAAAUGGAACUGAACCUUCUGUUACCUUUAAUACGCAAGAUUACGAUCCAAUAUCAGACACAAUUGAAGAUAGUGCAACAUCUGCCAAACCUAUUGAUUACUUAGUGGCAGGUACUGAAGGAUUAGCAUGGGUUGUUCAUCUUUGUUUUGUAUUAAGUUUAAGAAGAGGCAGAAUUUUUAAUCCACGUGGUCCUGUGUCAAUUCGAGCAUUGAUACUUCUACUAAUUGUUAUCUCUAUACUCUUACUAAGAAGUCAUAUUAAAUAUAAUGUAGAAGAUGAUGUUUUACCAAACUUGUCAUUGGGAUUUAGUAUCAGUGUAGUCACUCUACUAAUACUUUAUGCUAUAACGCUAAUACCAGGUCACAAUAGUUUACAAGAUAUGAGAUCGUCCCGAUUUAAUGAAAUAGGAGAACGGACUGCACUAUUGAGUACUCCUAACUCUUCUUACGUAAGAUUCCCAGAAGAACAGGACCCAACUUACCUUGGGACUGCUAUGGAGAAUGUAACAGCAAUAUCUAAAAUUUCAUUUCAUUGGGUGACCCCAUUAAUGGAAAAGGGUGUUCGUGGCUUAUUAAAUCACUCAGAUGACCUAUUCGAUUUACCAGAAUAUAUCAGUACUAAUGCAAUUAGUCAAAAACUUGAUAAACAUUUACAAAAUGUGACCAACAAUGUAAAUGACAGAGUGGAAAAUAAUGAAUUAAUGAUGGAAACAGAUGUACAAACUGUUAGAAAUAAAAUUACGCUGUUGCAUUUGCUACAUAAGUGUUUUGGAUGGGAAUUUUAUUUAGUUGGAAUAUUAAAAUUUAUAACUGAUUGCACUUCAUUUAUGGGACCUAUAUUAUUAAAUAAAUUGGUUGGUUUUAUUGAAGACAAAGAUGAACCUAUCUCAUAUGGAUAUCUAUAUGCAUCAGGAAUAUUUAUUACUGCUUUAAUAGGGGCUUUUUGCAAUGCCCACUUUACAUUUUGGAUGUCUGUUGUUGGUUUAAAAAUCCGAUCUACUAUUAUUACUCUAGUAUAUAGAAAGACUCUACAUUCAUCUAGUGUUAAAUUAAAGCAACAAUUUAAUUUUGGUGAGAUUGUAAAUUUUAUGAGUACAGAUAGUGAUAGAUUAGUAAACAGCUGCCCAAGUUUUCAUGCAUUUUGGAGCAUUCCAUUACAGUUGGUUGUGGUAUUAUAUCUUUUGCAUGAACAAAUAGGGAUUUCAUUCUUAGCUGGGGUUACUUUUGCAAUAGUGCUUAUACCAAUAAAUAAACUAAUAACAAAUAAAGUUGGGAAGCUUAGUACGAAACUAAUGGAGCACAAAGAUCAAAGGGUCAGUCUUACAGGGGAAACACUACGUGGAAUAAUUGCAAUUAAGUUAAAUGUGUGGGAGGACCAUUUCAUGCGGAGCAUUAUUAAAUUACGAGACAGUGAAAUCAAGUACUUAAGUGACAGAAAAUAUUUAGAUGCACUGUUUGUUUAUUUUUGGGCUACAACACCUGUGUUGAUUUCUAUAUUAACGUUUGCAACAUAUGUUCUUCUUGGAAACACAUUGGAUGCGAAAACAGUUUUUACUAGUAUGGCACUGAUGAAUAUGCUCAUAGGUCCACUAAAUGCAUUUCCCUGGGUUUUAAAUGGUCUUACAGAGGCUUGGGUAUCACUUAAAAGAAUACAGAGAAUGUUAGAUUUACCAGAUGCAGAUAUAUCAUCAUAUUAUUCAGAAUGUCCACCUGGAGUGGAUUUAAUGUUGCAGAAUGUAAUGUUUGGCGUAAAUACUAAGCAGAAUACAGAAAAAAGUGAUAUGAAUACACUUAAAAGUGUCACAACACCAUCUUCUAGUUCAGAUUCUAGGAAAACAGUAACAUUUGAAGAUGAAGAUACUUUUAGUCUGCAUAAUAUCAAUGUUACAAUUCCAAAGGGGCAUUUAAUUGGGAUUAUGGGAAAAGUGGGAAGUGGAAAAUCGCUAUUAUUAGAUGGUAUUUUAAGCGAAAUUACUAAAGUUCGUGGCACAAUAGCAGUAAAUGAGAUUGAAAAGGGUUUUGCAUAUGUGACACAACGUCCUUGGUUACAACGUACUACCAUUCGAGACAACAUACUGUUCGGAAAAUCUUAUGAUUAUAAUAAAUAUAAGACCAUCUUGAAAGCAUGUGCUCUGACCACUGAUUUAAAUUCUCUACCUAAAAAAGAUUUGACACUUGUCGGUGAAGCGGGUAAUACUUUGAGUGGAGGACAAAAGACACGAAUUGCUUUAGCACGGGCUAUUUACGCGGAUAAAGAUAUUUAUUUAUUGGAUGACAUUUUAGCGACUUUAGAUCCCAAAGUUGCUAGCUAUGUAUUUGAGCAUGUUAUUUUAGGUUUAUUGAAAAACAAAACAAGGUUAAUGUGUACUCACCAAACUCAGUAUUUAAUUCAUGCAAAUUUGGUAAUGGAGAUGUCCAAAGGCAAAAUAGUUAAACAGGGUAAACCUAAUGAUGUUUUGCCGGACAUAGAAGAUUAUUUAUUAUCAUCAGAUUGUUAUGAGCCGGAUUUAGAUAUUACAUCUAUCAGUGACUUACCCAGAGAAACAUAUAAAAUUGACAGAAAUGACAAAGACUCAUUACUUGACAAAGAAUUUACAGAAAAGGGAACUGUGCGACUUGGAGUAUAUUCAUGCUAUAUUAACGCUGUAGGUCGUUACUUAGCAAUUUCAAUACUUCUCUCUAUAUUUUUAAUGCAGAGUUCUAAGACUGUGACAGAUUUAUGGCUGUCUUAUUGGGUUACUCAUAUUAAUGCAACAGCAACUAAUACUACAGACAGGCCAAACCUUUUACGAUCGGAAUAUUUCAUUGGCGAUUACAAUUUAAGCACAAAUUAUUAUUUGACAGUUUAUGCCAUAUUAGCUGUAAUUAAUUCACUAUUUACCUUGAUGAGAGCAUUUAUGUUUGCAUAUGGAGGGAUUCAAGCAGCUAUCACGAUUCAUAAACAGCUUUUAAAAAUCGUCGUGCGGGCUAAAGCUGUAUUUUUUGAUACUCAACCACUCGGUAGAAUUAUUAAUAGAUUUUCAUCUGAUACAUAUACGAUUGAUGACACUCUGCCUUUUAUUGGUAAUAUCUUACUUGCACAACUCUUUGGCUUAUUUGCAACAAUAAUUGUCACUACUUACGGCUUACCAUGGAUACUAUUAGUGCUAGCUCCUCUCAUUCCAGUGUAUCACUGGAUUCAAAAUCAUUACAGAUUAACAUCAAGAGAGUUGAAGCGUCUAUCGAGUACAGCUCUUUCACCUUUAUAUGCUCAUUUUAAUGAAACGUUAUUUGGACUUUCCACUAUAAGAGCUUUUCGUACUAUACCGCGCUUUAACCAAGAAAAUGAAUUAUUAUUAGAAGUCAGUCAGAAAACGCAAUUUGCGUCGAUCGCUGCCAGUCAAUGGCUUGCAUUAAGAUUGCAACUUAUUGGAGUGGCCCUUUUAGCUGGAGUGAGCAACAUUGCAGUUUUGCAACAUCAGUAUAACAUAGCAGACCCUGGCUUAAUAGGCCUUGUUAUUACUUAUACAUUAUCUAUAACUGGGUUGUUAUCUGGUGUAGUCAAUGCAUUUACCGAAACGGAAAGAGAGAUGAUUGCGGUAGAACGCGUUAAACAAUAUUUAGAAAACGUUCCCGCAGAAUCUGUGAGAGGUGAUAAUCCACCGUAUGCUUGGCCGAGUCAAGGUGUAAUUGAAUUCAAAGAAGUUGUUUUAAAAUAUAGAGAGCAUUUGGUGCCAUCAUUGAAUGGUGUAACAUUUUCUACGCGACCAGCAGAGAAAAUUGGCGUCGUUGGACGAACAGGUGCUGGAAAGAGUUCAUUAUUUACUUCGUUAUUUAGGUUAACAGAAAUCAGUUCUGGAACUAUAUUAAUAGAUAAUGUUAAUACACAAACUUUACAGCUGAACGCAUUAAGAUCUCGUUUGGCUAUUAUACCCCAAAAUCCAUUUCUUUUUUCGGGUACAAUAAGAGAGAACCUAGAUCCUCUAAAUCAGUAUACGGAUGUGCACAUAUUUAAAGCAUUGGAAAAGUGUAAAAUACAUUCGUUAGUAUAUCGUUUGGGAGGUCUUGGCGCCACUUUAGAUGAAUGUGGUAGCAAUCUAAGUGCGGGGCAGAGACAAUUGUUUUGUUUGGUUAGAGCAGUUUUACACAAUGCCAAGAUCGUUUGUAUCGACGAAGCUACGGCAAACGUUGAUCAAGAGACGGAUAAAUUUUUGCAGUCUACGAUAAAGUCUUCCUUUCAGAGUGCUACGGUGAUCACUGUGGCGCAUAGGAUAAGAACAAUCAUGCACUGCGAUAGGGUUCUUGUAAUGGGAGAAGGGGAAGUUUUAGAGUUCGACGAACCAAAUCUGUUGAUUCAGAACAUCGACUCUCACUUUUAUCGCUUAGCGAAUCAAGAGUUUUCCCAUGGACAAUGAAUAUUUCCUGAUAGCGUACGUUCUGCCGAGAAUAUUUAUUUUUGUCUCCACUGCGAGCUUUAUUGUACAUUCAGAAGAUGUGUUAUACUAUUAAAACAAUGGACUGCAUAGAACGCAAGCCGUUCAAUACGUUAUAGUUAAGAGACUGUAUUAUAGUCUAUAACGUACAAUUAUUUUUGUACGAAUAUGUCGAGGACUCUAAUUAAAUAUUCUGUAAAGAAACGAAUAGUUUAGUAAUUGAGUAUUGGUUUCACACCAUUGUGAUACGAAAUGAACUGUUUCUUCAUUUUUCUUUUCUUAUUUACUUUAUACUCAAAUUAUAUUAUAAAUUAAACUACCUCGUUGUAAGUUUUUAUAUCGAUGGAAAUACACGCGAGAA